CUGAGAAUGAAAGGACAAGGUGCAGGGAAGGAUCCUAAGGCUAGUGAAAAGUCAAAGGAACGGGUUUCCGCUUCCCUCCAGGGCGGUGGGUGAGGCAGUGAGGCCCAGGCUCGACCAGAUAGCGCCGCUAUGUGGCCCCCGGACGCAGAGCCAGAGCCCGAUCCGGAGUCCGCGCACGGCUCCCGAAGUGGCAGGACAGUGCCGGGACUCCGAGCCCUGUUGCCCGCGCGCGCCUUCCUCUGCUCUCUCAAAGGCCGCCUCCUGCUGGCCGAGUCGAUCUCUGGAAGCCUCUGGGAGGCGUGGGGCAGGUCUUUGAAUCCACUGGCCACUGGCUACAGUCCUACCUGCCCAGUACCCCUUCAUGGAAAAGGAGGUCUUUCAUUCAUUACCUUCAUCUGCUAUGUGGUGUCCUCGGCAUCUGCCUUCCUCACAGUGCCUCUGCUGGAGUUUCUGUUGGCCGUUUACUUCCUCUUUGCUGAUGCCAUGCAGCUGAAUGACAAAUGGCAGGGUUUGUGCUGGCCCAUGAUGGACUUCCUGCGCUGUGUCACUGCUGCCCUCAUCUACUUCGUCAUCUCCAUCACUGCUGUCGCCAAAUACUCAGAUGGGGCUUACAAAGCAGCUGGAGUUUUUGGCUUUUUUGCCACAAUUGUGUUCGCAAUUGACUUCUACCUGAUCUUUAAUGAAGUGGCCAAAUUCCUCAAGCAAGGAGACUCUGGGAAUGAGACCACAGCCCAUAGGACAGAAGAAGAGAACUCCAACUCGGACUCAGACUCUGACUAAAGGCCUGUCUGCGCUUAACAACUAGAGCCACUCGGCCCUCUCACCCACGCUGUCCUGACGGGGCUCCUGGAGCAUGGCAGGAAUGCCCAUGGGAGAACAGACCGAGGAGCCAGUCUCUCGAGAUUACACUCCCGAGGCCUCACAUUCAAAAUUGCUGUGUUGGCUUGGCACUGCUGAGCUAGCGUGGUAGGGCACGUUGACUACCCUUCCUUCUCCCCUUUCUGUCCUUGAACCCCUUUAACCUCACUGCCCCCACUGAAGCACACAUCAAACGGAGCCAAUCACUACAGUUCGUGUGGCAGCAUGGGGGUGGGGUGGGACUUCCUUUUACUAACAGGGACAGAUAAAACCACAGCAGGCUGGACCAACAGCCCCAAACCUGCACUGCAUUGAGAUGACUUUCAGGAACCUUUUAUUCAAGAAGUUUCCCUCCUCACUGUGAAAUAGGGAGAAACCUAGCUAGCCAAGUCUUCCAUUAGAGGUCUGAGGCCUUUUCAGAAAGGAACCCAAAGAUUUGUUUACUAGGGCCCACAGACAGGGAGCCAACCAGUAUAGUGGCAGUGACUAAGUCACAAGUGGCUGGGCAGGCCCAGCCAGCACUCUCUUCCUGGGGAUCCUAAAAGACAAAGUGCUUCCUCUGGACACCUGGGCAGGACCACUGGUGACAUGGACCUUCUCUGUAGUCCCUUGGGGGCCGUUACUGUGUAUGUGUCUUUGAUGGUGUUUUCUAACUUUUUUAUAUUUUUUAAUACAAAAACAAUGUAACAAAUGGUCUUUUCUGUAACCUAAGAGGCCCCAUGAAUGAGGGCCCAUGUCUUGGCAUUUAUAACCUUUUUAUCUUGCAUGUGAAUUUCCUCCCUUAAAAAGAACGUCACAAUGGAUUAAAACAAACUGACUACA